ACCAAAACAGAGUGCUUCUCUGUUUCGCGUUUACUUCUUCUUCUUCUUCUUCUUCUUCUUCUGCUGUUUGGCAUCCAUUCCUCUUCUUUUCUACUUGCUCUUCUUCGUGUUUGGAUUGUGGAGGAGUGGAGAUGACGAAGAAGAAUGUGGUGGUGCCGGAGGCGGUGGCCAUAGCGGUGGCAGCGCCGCAUGGUUCAGCACCGCUUUUCCCUUACCCACCGCCAAGAGCCAGUGGAGGCGGAGCCGCUGGAGGCUUUGGCAUAGGCAGGAUGCUGCUGACACAACUGGAGCUUGGGGGAAGGAUCAACGCUUGGGUUGAGUCCAUGAAGGCAUCUUCUCCUACCCAUGCCAAGGCUGCGGCCACACUCGCCGCCUUUCCUUCCACUGAGAGCUCUAGUUCUUGGAUUGUGAAACAUCCUUCCGCCCUUGAGGUUUUUGAUGAAAUCAUUAGUCAAUCUAAGGGGAAACAGAUAGUGAUGUUCUUGGACUAUGAUGGGACUCUUUCCCCCAUCGUUGAUGAUCCUGACCGUGCUUUCAUGUCUGACGCUAUGAGAGCAGCAGUGAGGAACGUUGCUAGGUACUUCCCUACAGCGAUUGUGAGUGGACGGUGCCGUGACAAGGUGUAUGACUUUGUGAGAUUAGCUGAGUUAUACUAUGCCGGAAGCCAUGGCAUGGACAUCAAAGGUCCUGUCAAAGGACCACGCUAUACCAAAGCUAAGGCCAAAGCAGUUCUCUUUCAACCAGCUAGUGAGUUCCUCCCAAUGAUAGAUGAGAUUUAUAAAGCAUUGCUGGAGAAAACCAAAUCUAUACCUGGAGCCAAAGUGGAAAACAAUAAGUUUUGUGUCUCUGUUCACUACCGUUGUGUGGAGGAGCAGAAAUGGGUGCCAUUGGCUGAACAAGUGAAGGCAGUGAUCAAAGAGUACCCCAAGUUGCGGAUAACUCAAGGAAGAAAGGUGUUGGAAAUCCGCCCUACUAUUAAAUGGGACAAGGGGAAGGCCCUGGAGUUCUUGCUAGAGUCUCUAGGAUUUGCCAACUGCAACAACGUAUUGCCAGUCUAUAUAGGCGAUGAUCGCACAGAUGAAGAUGCAUUCAAGGUGUUAAGAGAAAGAGGACAAGGUUUUGGUAUUCUUGUCUCAAAGAUCCCAAAGGAGACAAAUGCCUCCUAUUCUCUCGAAGAGCCCUCUGAGGUGAUGGACUUUUUGCAUCGCCUUGUCGAUUGGAAGCGCGCCUCACUUAAAGCUCGGUCGAGGAGUGUAGGAAGUAUCCGAACCUCCAAUCCUUGAUAUCUGAUGAAGUUUGUGAGGGGGAAUGGAUCAUUAUAUGGCUAUCUAUUCUCUCUUGAUUAGGAAGGAAAUCCCACAAAGAUGGAGCCUUUUGUACUUUGCUCUAAUCUUUGUUUUUCUUCUACCCUUUUUUGGGGGUCCUCUCAUGAGCUUUGGAUGCUUUCAAAAACACUAGCUUCCUUGCUCCUUUAGAACUUGCUCACUCUUGUAAUUAAUCACCUUCUAUGUAAAAUCAAAAAAGAAGAAUAACAAUUUUUUGUUAUGUUUUUUUUCUAUCCAA